AUGGCGGUUGACGAAGACUGGUCGUGCGACGCCAAUGAUGCGCUCCAUAUCACCGUGGUGCAACCCGGCGACACCAAGCCCAAGACGCUCUCGGCUUUUCAUCCCCAGUUUACCUACCCCAUCUUUGGUGACGACGAACAAAUUUUUGGUUACCAGGGUCUCAUAAUUCGUUUGCGCUUCGCUGCUCACGAUCUCCGCCCUCAUGUCCACAUUUCCUAUGAUGACCGAUUCAAGUCAGUCGGCGACACAGCUGCCACGGAUCUGCUAGGAGCUCUCAAACCGUUUGUUCCGGAAGAGGCUUUGAUCAACCUUCCCGAGUACGAGAAGAAUGUCCAGGAAGACCCGACCGCGAAAGACUUCGUCCCGCCUGGUAAGCAGGUCAUCAGUUAUGAAGUGGACGACAGGGUAUACGAAAUUUGGGCUGGAUCCCUUGCGGACCCAGCCGUACAAAAGAUUCUGGAUCGCGCGCAGGUCCUGGUGUCUCUGUUCAUUGAAGCCGGCACCCCAGUGGACACAAAUGAUCCAGAAUGGACCUUGGAGCGGUGGACAGUUUUCUUUGUCUAUGAGAGGGUGACACCCCCGACCCCAACCGCAUCCUCGUACUCUAUCGUUGGAUAUGCUACUACCUAUCGGUACUGGUUGUACCAACGAGACCGUACAGAGACCCCUGCGGUAAGAAACGACGCAUUUCCUUUGCCCGAGGUCAAGAUUUCCGAGCUCCCUGCCCGUCUCCGCAUCGCCCAAUUCCUCAUCCUUCCUUCACACCACCGCUCGGGCCACGGUACUCAUCUCUACACUACAAUCCAUGCUUUCUGCAUUGCCGAUCCCACAAUUGUGGAAUUGACCGUCGAAGAUCCGAACGAGUCCUUCGAUGCUCUUCGGGACUCGGCCGACUUCUGCCUCCUGCAGCCUGAAUUCCUCAAACACGAUGUGAAUCUUAACCCGGAUCCAAAUGAGAUCUUCUCCGGCAAGAAGCGGCCGACAGUCGUUCCGACCAAUGCUCUCAUUCCGACACAAACACUCCGUGAUAUCCGUACCUCGUUCAAGAUCGAAGCUACUCAGUUUGCACACAUCCUGGAGAUGUUCCUCCUGAGUCAGAUACCCAAGACCCAUCGACUGGCUGGUGGAACAAACCUUGCACGACUCUUGAUCAAGAAAUCUAAGGCAGAUAAUCCCGAUGACAGGCGGUAUUAUUGGUGGCGCAUGCUGACCAAGCAACGCCUGUACAAAAAGCACCGGGAGUUACUAGACGAAUUGGACUUGACCGACCGUGUGGAGAAGCUUGAUGACACAGUUCGAAAUGUGGAAGAGGGCUAUGAAAUUACGCUGAAGAACCUCGAGGGACGUUUGCCUGAUCCUGCUGAUGAGGGGUCGGCGGCUCCCAGCGGUCGGCGGGAGAAGCGCAAACUCGCUGUCUCGGAUGACGAAGAUGAAGAAGAGAAUGGGGCAGAGGCUGCCAAGCGUCCAAAGGUCUAG